AAAAGGAAGAAACCAUAUUUUUUCAUGCCGACGAGUUGCAAAAUCUGCUUGACGAUGGAUGGACCAAGGAGUUGCGCCUCGACGAAUUAGACAAAGCAAGUACUAAAAGAGCCAAAGAUUCCAUGGCGACGGAGCCGCGAAAUGAUUCUUCGUACAAAUCUGCGGCCGUGUGCAUGCCCAGUAAGAACGGCUGCGGUGGUGUCGACAACGACAAGCCAUCGCGAGAGAGCGGCGACGAUCUGGUCUCCCCGAGAAGCGUCCUCGAGGGAUACACGACGUCGAGCGACGUUGAUGCUGCCGCAAUGACGGACGGCACCAGCUGCACGAUGGGAUCGUCGUCGACAACGAGUACGACGACGGGCGCUGUCGCCGCGUACACGGUGCCGUCCACGCCCGCGUCGUCGCAGAACGACGGGCCUCCAGCCGCGUGGAAGGGCGUCAUGGAGGCGUGGAGAUCAAGGACCAAACGCCGCCUCUCCACCGUCAUCCCGUCAACCAUGUCGUCGAAGCUCCGGAGCUUGAGCAUCCGCAGCAGCGGCAAGUGGCGGUGGCCGUCGGCGGGGCAGGUGAACGUGGAACAGCACGACCUGUGUGCGUUGAGGCUAUCCUUCCGGACCUUCUCGCUAUCGGAGCUCAGGAAGGCCACCCGCAACUUCAGCAAGGAGAACGUGGUGGGCAGGGGUGGGCACGCCAAGGUGUACCGCGGCCUCCUGCCGGACGGGCAGCUGGUCGCCGUGAAGAAGCUGUCUGCGACGGAGAAUGACCGCAUGGAGAGCUUCCUGUCGGAGCUUGGGCACGCGGUGAACGUACGCCACCCGAAUGUGGCGAGGCUGGUGGGCGUGGGCCUGGAGGGCGGCGAGCACCUGGUGUUCCCCUUCUCCCGCCUGGGAUGCCUCUCCCGAAGGCUCCACGGCGGGGCUGGCGACGGCGAGGAGGGUGCCAUGCCGUGGGAAGCGAGGUACAAGGUGGCCCUGGGCGCAGCCAGCGGGCUGGAGUACCUCCACGAGCGGUGCGCCAGGAGGAUCGUGCACCGGGACGUCAAGCCCGCCAACAUCCUGCUCCAAGACGACUACGAGCCACUGAUAUGUGACUUUGGGCUAGCAAAGUGGCUGCCGGACAAGCUGACGCACUACCAAGUGACUAUCUUCGAAGGCACAUUUGGGUACGUGCCGCCUGAGUACACCACGCACGGGAUCUUCAACGAGAAGACUGACGUGUUCGCCUUCGGCGUCGUGCUGCUCGAGCUCCUCACCGGCAGGCGCGCCAUUGACGGCAAAAACUUCAGCCUCGUUGCAUGGGUGCGGUCGUUCCUCAGCAGCAAGGACGAGGUCUUGAAGAUGGUCGAUCCCGCUCUAGGAGGUCGAUACGACGAGGAGCAGCUCCGCCGCGUCACGCACGCCGCCCAACUCUGCAUACACGCCUCGCCGUCCCAAAGGCCACGGAUGAGCCAGGUUGCAAGAAUCCUCCAAGGAGACCAAAAAACCCAUCACCAAAUUAUGGGGCACGAGAGGGCAAACACGACAGAGCUACAUGAAAUAGACGACUAUGAAUCGCCUACACCAAGGACAUACCUCCACGAUAUUACUCGCCACAAGGCGCUCGCAUUCGACUUCUAGGUCGUAGCCGAGGAGAAGAUUAAAUCUUUUAUCGGUCAAGAAUCUACGUUAAUUUGGCACACAUGUUUAUGAAAUAUAUGUAUCAAUUGCAUAUUGUGCACAAAACCGAUUGCUGAACUGGAAAAAUGAUGUACACAUAGGCCUUGUUUGAGACAUGGUUAUAUUUUUAGGAGCUAAAAUAAAUUUGAUAGGGUUUUUCAUUGAAGGUUGAACAUUUGUAACACGGUAUAGACACAAACCUUCAUAUAUACGC